CAUCGACCGUUCAUUAGGAAAACUAUGAACAACAUCUUGUAUGAUUUUAUAUUCGAGACUGGGAAGCACUCAGGAAUCGCCGAGUUUCUUGAAGUUUUAGGAUCCAUCAUCAAUGGAUUUGCUUUACCGCUCAAGGAAGAACACAAGCUCUUCCUCACUCGUGUCUUGAUUCCUCUACACAAACUGAAAUGCUUACCAAAUUACCAUCAACAGCUUUCUUACUGCGUUAUACAGUUUGUUGAGAAAGAUUGUAAGCUCGCGGAUACAGUUAUUAGAGGGAUGUUGAAGUACUGGCCUGUUACUAAUAGCUCUAAAGAAAUCAUGUUCUUGAAUGAAUUGGAGGAGAUAUUAGAAGCAACUCAAUUAACAGAGUUUGAACGGUGUAUGAUUCCGCUCUCUCGCCAAAUUGCUCAGUGCUUAAGCAGUUCUCACUUUCAGGUAGCGGAACGGGCUUUAUACUUAUGGAACAACGAUCAUGUCACUAAUUUGGUGAGACAAAACAGCAGAAUCAUUUUACCGAUAGUGUUUCCUGCUUUGGAGAAAAACGGUAGCAGCCAUUGGAAUCAGGCUGUGAAGAACUUGACGGAGAAUGUUCUCAAGGUUUUGUCCGAUACAAAUCCAGACUUAUUCGAAGAAUGUUUGUGCAAGUUCCAAGAAGAUCAGCAAAAAGCAGAAGAUACUAAGAAGAAGAAUGGAGAAACCUGGAGACAGUUAGAGGAGAUUGUUGCUUCAAAAGGACACACAUCAAUGGCGAAGUAAGAGUUUUUUUUCUGCACUUUUCAGCGAUGCAAUACAACAAUCGGUUUAUUGUUUUGUUUUGUUUUCUUUACACCUGAAAGGUAUAUACAUUUACUUUGCUUUUGCUUGCUUCAAAGUCUCUGGUUUCGUCUUCAAGACUAGUUUAAUUCAGUUAAACAGUGUGAGGUUUUAGCCAAAUGUUGUUGUCCUCUUUCAGUUCUUGAUUUAUCUUGUAUACUUCGGUCAUGUAAACAAACAUCUUGUUAUGAAAAAAUGAAUUUUCUAUUGUCUGAA